CACAUCUUUGCUAUUUUAUUUUCAAAUAAUUAUUUUAUUCUAUUUUCUUUAAUAAUUCUUUAAUAAUAAUCCUCUUCUAUUUGUUUUACCUUUUUUCCCGUUAAAAAAUGGUUGGCGCCCUCUCUCGGUAUUUAUAGGCAUAUCUCAACAUUCUUGUUCUAUCUCAGAAUUCACAUUAUUAUUCAAUCGUUCUGUGGUUCAUGACAGUGACUUCGCACUGUCGUUUCUCUUUCAAAUUUUAAGCCCCCACUCACCAACUCUGUCAAUGUCAAGUGAACCCUUCUCUUUGUCAAAAUGAAGAAUAUUUUUUAUUUUAAUUCUAAAAUCUACUUAAGGCAAUGUCUGGCCUCAUAGCCACAUUUUCAAACAGACGUUCUUAAUUGGGUUUUCUGGACAAAUAAGAAUCUUCACCGGACAACCCUUCACCUCGUGGGAGGACUCCCUGAACCUGGAGCCCCCAAUAUCGCCGGCGAUGCUACAGUAAUUUAGCAUAGACACCACACCAUCAACCAACACCUGUAGGCCUGGUGGCCAGAACAUCCACGUCGCCAGAGCCCGUUGCAGAACAACAGCAAGACACCAAGAACCUGCAGACAGAUACCAAGUGCCAUCGAUAAGUAUAAUCUCUGAUCUGUAAAGUUUCGGCAAGGUCUUUUAAAUUAUUUUUUUUAAUACAUUAAUUAUGUCUUUUAUGAAAAAUAAACAUGAUUAGUUAAAUAUUAUUGUUUUAUUUGCUCCAUUCUGCAUUUUCAUUGUUCAUGUUUUUGAUUAGGACAAGGUGGACUCACAACUUGGGAGAUUGAGCUAGUCUAGGGUAGACGAUAGCUAUCAUAGUUGAUUGAAAUAUUAUUCUCGAAUAUUAUUUCAAUUAUCUGGGGUAGUUUGUCGCCUCACUUUUGGCGCCCAACUUGAAUUGUCUUACUCAGGGAUUUGAGCUGUGGAUUUGUAGUUCGGUAGCAAAUAAUAAAGCAUUAAUAAAUACUGUUUUAAUAUUAUAUUCAUGUUUUGCAGUACAUCUUAGUAUUUGCAAAUUUUUGAUACUUUUUGAGCAUUUUCUAUAUAUUUAACCAUUUUUCAAAUGUUUGGGGUAAAGAGUAUUACCAUUUUUAUAAUAUAUCUUAUAUUUCAGCAUAUUUAAUUUGCAUUUAAUACAUUGUUGCUUUUUUACAUAAUUUUUUUUCCUCAUUCUUAUAAUGGUACUUUUAUAGUGAGUUAAAUGGUCUGUUCUUUUUUUCAACUUAACCAGUUUUUGUGGAUAGUGUACUUUUAAUUCUUUCUUUGAUUUUUAUUAAAUUUUUUUUCUCUUCAACAUGAAACCUGCACAUCUUACCACAAAUGAAUUGACAUAUGAGCUUCACAUUAGAGAUGUCUCUGCUCCUGAUGAUAUUGAAGAAAAACGUACAGUUCUUACUGGUCUUCUUUCUCAGGAGACUAGUAGCCGCAGUUUUUCAGAUAUUUCGGUCCCUUUGUCUUUUGAGGUUGAUUAUAAACAAGCUUUAGCCUCUUAUACUGAACUUCAGAUUCUCAUAUCUGAAUUUACAGGAACAAAGUCUGAUAUUCUAUAUAAAACCUUCAAUUCUCGUCUCCAACAUUUGUCUGGUAGGAUUUCUCGUUUGCGGUCAUCUUCCGCAGAGGAAGAAAAGUUGAAGAAAGCUAUCCGCUUUAUUUUGUUAAAGUUAGAAGGUACUUUGUGUAACAUUGUAGAACAACCUGAUCUUCUAGACCAACCCAUGACAUCUACUAGAGUUAAUCUUAAUUGUUCGGAAUCUUCAAUAUCACCUUCCAAGCCUGUUCCCGUGUAUAAAUGGGGUAUCAAAAAAUUUUCUGGUAAACAACCUUUAAUCCCUUUUCUGGAACAGAUUGAAAUUUUUAAAUUUUCAAGGAACUGCACAGAUGAAGAUUUAUUUAUCUCUGCAUGUGAUUUGUUUGAAGGUGCUGCUUUUACUUGGUGGCAUAAUAAUUUCUCUCAAAAGAAAUUUCAUUCAUGGGCUGAUCUAGUUACUUCUUUAAAAGAAACUUAUUUACCUUAUAACUAUGAAAGAGAUUUAUGGGAACAAAUACGUUCCACAAAACAGUUUUCACGACAACCAGUUUCUGCAUAUAUUUCCCAUAUGGAAUCUUUGAUGCUCCGGUCGUCCAAAUCUAUUUCGGAUAUUGAAAAGGUGGAUGAAAUUAUCAAUGGUCUUCUUCCUGAAUAUGUUAAAGCUCUUGCUUUCCAAGAUGUUAAGUCAGUUGCUGAGCUUACAAAGUAUUGUAAGAAGUUUGAAUCUGCUUUGGCAAUUUCCUCACGCAGCAAAUUUUCUGUAGAAUCCCUUCGUUCAACCCCAACUUGUUGGAAUUGUGAUGUGAAAGGACACAAUUUCCAUGUCUGUAGAAAACCCAAGAGAACGUUUUGUUUCGGUUGUGGCUCGAAGGAUGUAACUAUUGCGGAAUGCAUGAGGUGCUCAAAAAACGACCAGCGAGGACACGCUUCGACAGACAGCAUGCCUCAAAGCAGUCAAACGUCUGUCCCAGGAACAUCGAGCAAAGGCAAGAAUAUUCCGGGAAAAACUUUUCAAAAAGGGUCGAACAAAAAUCUGUAAACAUUUCUAAACCACUUCCAUCUAAAUCUACUUCUACUUUUUCUUCAGUACAAUCUGAAAUUUUACCUUCUUCUAGUACUUCUGUUUCUUCUAGUGAUUUAUCUAAUUCAAAAGUACAUUUCAAUUCCGGUCCUUUAUUAGAUAUUCAUAAUAAUGAUAAUAGACCAUAUAUUUCUGUUUCUAUAGGUAAUGAAACAAUUUCUGCACUCCUUGAUAGUGGUAGUAAUGUCAGCAUAAUUGGUUCUCCUUCCUUAUUUUUACUUAAAAAGCUUAAUUUAAAUCUUAAUUAUGAUGUUUCAAUUCAACUCACUACUGCUGAUGGAAACAUACAGAGUACUUUAGGAUAUGUUUGGUUACCUGUUACUUUAUUGAAUAAAACUCAAUCACUUAAAGUGUUAGUAGUUCCUUCUAUUUCACAUAAAAUGAUAUUAGGUAUGGAUUUUAUUCAGUCGUUUCAACUCUCUUUGGACUUCUCUGAUUUUUCUUUUACGGCAACAAAUUUUUCUACUUGUGUAGUUAAUACUAUCAUUAGUUCUGAAAAUCUUUCUGAUAUUCAGCAAUCUCAACUUAAUUCUGUUGUUAAACUUUUUAAAGAAAUAGGUCCUACAGAUUCUAUUGGCAGA